AUGUGCGUGUUUGUAUGUGAAAUAUUGUCGUCGCCAGUGGACAGCUCGGCACAUCCGCUGGUCCUUUCGCCGAUACUGCUUCGGCCUGUUCGUUCCUUUUCUGCGCAGAAUAAUUUUUAUGGGGUACCGGGAGCGACAGAAGCUGAUGAGGAGCAGCUGUCGCGUCAGAAAACGCUGAUGUCCUUCACCAUUGACUGCACACUGCUUCUGCUGCUGCUGCUAAGUGCUGCUGCUCGUGGCGCAUUUGUGGGGCUUUUACCUCCCACGGGGAACUACCAGUGCACUUGCGAUCCGUUGGUGCAAAAGUGGCAUUGCAGUCUGAUUGGUCUGGCCUCAGGAUAUGUACAAGCCGGCCUCUGUCGAAGCAGCAGUGGGGAGGAGCGGGCUCAGUGA